AAGAGUGGAGCCGAUCGUAGCUGCCUUUGAGCUGCCAUUGUUUUAUCUUUCUUCAAGGGCGCGCCACCGUCCCCCGCCGCCGGCGCUGCGACCGCCGCUGCACAUCCGUCCCCUCUUCAAUGUAUCCCGAAGAGUCUAUCUCUACCAAGGUACCUGAUGAUAGAAUGACUCGUGAUCUUCCUUCCUUACCUUUGGAAGAAAAUGGCUUUUCCAACUUGAUUUCAUCCUUAAAUUCUGAGAGAGCAGUUCAUGAAUUUCUUGAAGAUAUACCCACUAGAGCACUUGAUGAGCAUCUCGUUGAAUUCUCUGAGGCUCUGAGAACUGUUGCAAAGGCAUUGAGGCGGGUUGCAGAAGGAAAAGCUUCAGCACAAGCAGAGGCGGCUGUUUGGAAGCGUAAAUAUGAACUAGAGAGGGAGCGGAAUUUUUCUCUUAAACAUCAAGCUGAAGCAACUAAAACGUGCCAUAAUGGUUCUAGAGAUGAUAAGUCAGAAAACCUGAGGAAUAAAUCACUGGUGCAUGAUCUUUUGCCAGAAAAAAGCGAACAGUGUUGUGGGAAAGAUGGGAUCUGCUCUCAUGAAGUUCUUCGAGAUGGAGCAUUGGAUGCCAAUUCCAACAUGGCACGCCGGAUGGUUACAAGAAAGGCAAGUUUUAGGCUUGCGUGGGGAAGCAAUGGUGACAAAAGCGGUCAGCAUAAGCACGAGGUUGUCUCUUUUGAGAAAGGAAAUAUAACAACUGCAGGUCGCAGCAGUAAGCAGAUUCUACUAAAGUGGGAAUCCCAGCCACAAACAGUGCUUAUUUUGGCUAAACCAAAUUCCAGCUCUGUUCGUUCUUUAUGUGCUGAAAUGGUCAGAUGGCUGAAAGAUGAAAAGAAAAUAAAUGUUUUUGUUGAGCCUCGAGUGAGAGUUGAGCUUCUAACUGCUUCUUCUAACUUCAGCUUUGUUCAAACAUGGAAAGAUGAUGAUGAAAUAAAGGACCUUCACACGAAGGUUGACUUGGUUGUUACUCUUGGCGGCGAUGGAACUGUUCUUUGGGCUGCUUCGAUGUUCAAAGGACCAAUUCCUCCUGUUGUUCCUUUUUCUUUAGGAUCACUUGGUUUCAUGACUCCUUUUCAAAGUGAAAACUAUCAAGAGUACUUGGAUACAGUACUGAAGGGUCCAUUGAGCAUCACAUUGCGGCACCGACUGCAAUGCCAUGUUAUUCGUGAUGCUGCGAAGGAUGAAAUAGAGGCUGAAGAACCCAUUCUCGUUCUUAAUGAAGUCACCAUUGACAGGGGAAUGUCUUCAUAUCUAACUUUUCUAGAAUGCUACUGUGAUAAUUCCUUUGUAACUUGUGUGCAAGGGGAUGGAUUAAUACUAUCAACAACAUCUGGUAGCACAGCCUACUCACUCGCUGCUGGAGGAUCAAUGGUCCAUCCACAGGUUCCCGGCAUACUUUUCACGCCAAUCUGUCCACAUUCGCUUUCCUUCCGGCCACUGAUACUGCCAGAGUAUGCAACGCUGAGAGUUCAAAUCCCUUUCAACAGCCGGGGACAGGCAUGGGCUUCUUUUGAUGGUAAAGACAGGAAGCAGCUGGCCCCUGGUGAUGCUCUCAUCUGCAGCAUGGCUCCGUGGCCGGUGCCCACCGCUUGUCAGGUUGAUUCGACGAACGACUUCUUGCGGAGCAUUCAUGAAGGUCUUCAUUGGAAUCUAAGGAAGAUUCAAUCAUUCGAUGGUCCGCGUGAUUCGUAGCUUCCACGGCAACUUAAAACAUUAUUAGUAAGGUGCUGCUCGGUGGUGCUCCCUGUAUUCUCAUUUAUCCACUUAAAUGAACUUUCUGAAGCAAAACAACGCCCCUGCAGUUUAAAGAGUUAUGAAGAUUGACAUGCAUACCUCUAAAUCCUAUGUUUUUUCAUAUUCAACACUUAAAACUUCAAUUUUUACAAAUAUACCGCCUUAACCUU